AUGCCAACAAAAGACCAGUUACUUGAUCGUUGGAGUCGGGCUUUAAAUGGACUUACAGACGUAACAUUUAAUGAAUUAAUACAAUUUUUAAAACAAAGGCCUUUACUCGAAACAUUAUUUCGUAUGUUUGAUCGUGAUGACAGUGGAUUAUUAUCAGAAUCUGAAUGGAUUGGUUCAGUUUAUAAAGUGGCUGAAACAUCUGGACGAACAAAAGUUGUUCGCACAUUAGAAGCAUUUAUUAAUCGAUUUAAACAUAUUGCUAAAGACAACGAUUCAUUAUCUCUUCUUGAUUUUUGUCGAUUAUUUGAUGAUUAUGCUUUUCAACGAGAAUUUGCACUACUAUUACUGAGUGAACAUGGAAAACUAACAGUAAUGGAAUUUAUGGAUGUUUUGCGAUCAAUUGCAAAUCUCAAGAACGAUACAAAAUGGUUAUCAUGGUUGGCAUAUCAAUUUCAUACAGCCAUAGUCAAACAUGAUGGAAAGGCUGCCGAGAGCAUGAAUUUGGAAACAUUCAAAGAUAGUUUCUAUUUCAAAGUGCCUGAAUUAGCCGAUUGUUUAUUUAAUUAUUUGGACACAGAUAAAACUGGUUUAUUAACACUUGAUAAAUUUAUCAAAAAUUUAGAAUAUAUUGUUGAUGCCAGUGAUGCUCAAAAAGUCGAAUUUUUAUUCAAAAUAUUUGAUCGUGAUGGUGAUGGUACAAUUGAUUUUGAUGAAAUGAAACUGCUAUUGCAAUGUUUUCUUGAACAAUCACCAUCGUUAGAUUUAAAUGAAACUGUUGCUGAGUUAACGGCAACAUUAUUCAAAGAAACUGAUGUGGAUCAAUCGGGUGAUAUCAAUUUAGAAGAAUUAUCUGCAGCAUUUCAACGAAAUCAGCAUUUGUUCAAAGUUCUAUCACUCAAUACAAGCAGUUGGAUUCGUCCAAAACCGGCAGUUCUCGGUCGUCCACAUAAACAUUCAUCGACAUUGCGCUCAUGGAUUCGAAAUAAUAUUGGUCUAUUAAUAUUUUGGACGUUGUAUAUAUUAAUAUGUGGAUGCAUUUGUAUUGAUACUCUUGUGUAUUAUAUUAAACAACAACAACACUUUUUUAUUAUAAUUGCUCGAUUGAAUGGUAUGCAUCCUACUAUCCAUUCUAACAUUAAAUAUCGGUUUUUUAUUAACUUUUUUACGGAAAGAGAUCGAGGACGUACGAUUUCGGCAUGCAGUACGUAA